AUGCAUAGCGAUCAACGAUUGAAAUUAGAAGGAAAUCGAUCGAUAGAUGAGGGAGAAAACUCAAACAUGGAAGCGUUGAAUUUUCAAAGAGAAGAUUCUUUUUCAUUUGAACGCGUUAAGUACAUCACCAAAUGGCGACGAAACAAAGUUUGUAAUGAACUUCCUUUGGCUAAAAUAGAUCAGUUAUCGUUGGCAUGUUACUCUGAUGUUUCCUCAUGA